UGUUCGCACCGCUUCAGCAAAGUAUUGACGAUAGAAUGAUACCUUUUCAUGCCUUUCACCUGCCCAUGCCACAAUAUCAGCCACCUGUUGAGCCUUCGAUUUGGACUGUCAAUCCUUCAAGCCUCGACAUUGACGAAAAAAUCCUUGGAGUCCUAAAAAUCCUUCGUGGGCUUCGCAUGACAGUUAUGGACCUCAUGUUGCACUCUAUCUCGCACAAGGCCUCCAUGCUACCUUGGAGAGAAGCUUUUUUUCGAAGCAGGGCCCUUAUCCAGUUUCUCAAUGUGUUGGAUGCUGACGAGCAAGCGAGUGAGCAACUUCAUGUCAUCUUACGACCAAUUGCUAUCAAGAUAGCCACCGACGAGGUUGAUGCUGAGAUGGAGGCUGCUAAGGACAUUUUUGGCAUGUCAUCGAAAGAUAUCACCCCCGAACUACUCCUCUCGUUUGAUCUUGAUGCUUUGCUGACAGCGCGGUUACGAGAAACUACUCCGUGGCUACGACGCAUCCUUUUCUCAGCUAUGCAGACAGUAUGAGCUGCAAAGGAGAACAAGAAGCAGAACAUCGAGACGUACUGCACCGUAAUUGAGUCGCAAAUUGCGAAUAUUCGCUCCCAAAACAAUCUCGCCUUCCAAAUGAUCCACGGAUUAUGUUUAUUUAGUGGUGGUUCAUCACACAAAACCAUCGAUCUACUUGCGUGUUGCGGUCUUUCUCCUGCCUACGACACAUUACACAAUGCUCAUGUUGCAAUGGCUGAUGGCCAGAUACAGCGGAAAUAAGAUCGAGUCGCGAGAAGGCCUCAAGAACUUGCUGGUGUUGUGCCGUUGAAAGGGCACUCGUAAAGUCCGUCGGGAGAUCUUCAAUCGCAUCUCGAGCAGCGAGUGAUAAAGGUCGUACGGAACUCAUGGUUGAAACUUAACAUAGCAUAUAGUCUGAACGACAGUAGACGCAUAAGUUGUACUACGUACGAUCGAGUAUCGCC